AUGACCUUUGCCGCCAAAUUGUUGCCCCCCUUGGAGAGUAACACAUUUCCCUUCACGAAUGACUUGCGCCGAGAAAACACUUCUAAAUAUGUCCCCUUAUCCACAAUUCGCUUCCUCCAUCACUCUCUCGUUUUAGUAUUCUCUUUUGUUUCUUUCUCCUAUGAUUGUUCCUUCCAUUCAUUCCGUCUGCCUGUCUUUUUUAUCUUCUUCCUUCCUCCACCUUCUCUCUCUUUCUCCCUCUUCUGUCUUCCUUCUGUCUCGCCGUCUUCUCCAAAUCUUGAUCAGUUCCUCUCUCUCCUUAUCUGUCUUGCUCAUUUUCUUUGUCUUUCUCUCUCCUUAUCUGUCUUGCUCUAUUUUUCUCUCACUAGUUUGGUUUACAAUUUCUGUCUGUCUGUCCGUUUCUCUCUCUCUCUUUACAUGCUUGUAUUUCUUUCUACAUUUAUCUAUUUCGUUUCACUCUCUCUCUCUUUAUCCAUGUUUUCUUCUCUUCGCUCGUUCAACUUCUCUCUUCCACCUCGUUUCAUUUUCUUUUCAGUGACAUUCUCACUAAAGUCCUCUGCCUCUCUUCCUUUCCGCCCUCUCUUCUCGCCCCUCCCUAAAACAAAAUCAUUGUCUAUUAUUAUUGUUUGCAUCUUUUUCAAGAGUUUCUUACGAUGUUUACAAUAA